AUGGAUUCGGAAUCGAAAAACGACAAAUAUAAUGCCGAUGAGCUUGUAGUACCAAAUUGGUUAAACGGUGAAUUCUUUCGCGAAGUACUCAGUAAUGUUGAAAAGGAACCAAAUAUAAGGAUUAUUGAUAUUCAGAUGUCUCCAGCUACUGCCAAGGGCGAUCACUAUGCAAGUAUCAUGUUUCGCUCAAAGAUUUCGUAUGAAACUCGAAAAGGAAAGUUCUUCAAGUCAUUGAUUAUCAAGACAAUGCCCGAACAGGAGGGUCACAAGAAAGAAAUGUUGAGUAAUUCCCCCAUCUUUGAGACCGAGAUUGGCAUGUAUACCAAGGCAUUGCCUAAGUUUCAGGAGAUAUUGCGAAAGUCGGGCGAUAAUACAAGGCUAUGUGUACCCUGUUUGUAUCACAGCUUGGAGCCCCGACAGGUAAUGAUCUUCGAAGAUCUUGUUGAGAAAGGCUACACAGUCAUAAGGAAUCGUGGUGGUACCAUAGAGGAACUAAAGGCAGCCUAUGCCAAGCUGGCUAAAAUGCAAGCGGUUAGCUUUCAUAUUCUACACGAAAAUCCUGAGUAUCUUCAAGAAUUUAAGAAUGGUAUAAAUGCUAUGCCUAAUUUAAUGAAUGAUCCUUUUAUGACAACGGGAGUAACUAAUCUCCUGGAACUUAUUGAGACAGUUCCAGAGUUAUCAAAGUAUAAACCGUAUUUUAAAAGCAUUGAACAAAAUUAUUUAAAAAGCUUUGUAGACAUAAUGGAAGAGUAUCGUUUAAAUCGACGAACCGAUGGAUAUUACGUCUUGUGUCAUGGGGACUAUCAUCUGCGAAACAUUAUGGUCAAGCAUAACCCAGCUGAUGGAAGCUUGGAAGAUUGUAUGUUACUGGAUUUCCAAAUGAGCCACGUUUGCCCCAUAUCUACUGAUUUGCUCUAUUCGAUUUACUUGCUCAUGGAUGCCGAGCAACGUCGACACAACUACAAGGAAUUAAUAAAAUUUUAUUUCUCCACUUUCGUGGAGGCUUUAGAAAAAAUUGGAUUUAAUGGGGAAUUACCGAAUUGUGUGGACUUUUGGAGGCAGUUGCACCGUCAUAAGAUUUUUGAUAUAUUUUAUCUUACAAUACUGCCAAUGGUUUUUGCAAUUGAGUCGAAUGCUUUUGACAUCGGUGACGUGGUAGCAAACCAUGAAAUUCGUAAAAAGCUCUUCUUUCAAGAUAAAUACAUCGAUGAACUUAAGUAUUUGUUACCCAGAUUUGAAAAAUUGGGAUACUUUAACUAAAUUAAUAAUAAAAUUUUAAAUUUGAUAAUACAUGUA